CCUCGUCUCAUCUCUUUUUCAUUCUCGCCUCAUGGUUCGUUUGUUGUUUUCUUUCUUUAAUCACAAAUUUCGAUUUUGUCCGCCGGUGUGAUAGCGGCUUUAAAGUGAGCGAAUACUGAUUAUAUUGAAUGUCGGUCUUUUCAUAAGUGUAGUUUUGAAUUUAGAUACUAUGCACGACGAGUCGACGAAUAUUCUAAUUCCUAAUAGUUACGAAUUACGUUAAUACUAUUGUCCACAAAAAGGUUAUUUUUAAAUUGUAUCUAUAACAUUCACGUAGUUACUAGUCGCGACCUGCUGGUUUGUUAAUAAGUAUUAUGAAGCGGGAAUCGGUUAAACGUUUUAUUACGUUUAUCCUUGAUCCGAGUGAACAUGUGGAUUUCUGAUUUAAACUCAUGCUUUUCGUCUGACUCGUCCUUGUCGGUGUACUAGAAACUAUUUUUAAGCGGCCGUGAGUGAUUUGAAAUUCAAACUUCGAAAAUGAGCCCAAGUAAUAGUAAAUUGUCAUCAGAUCGCGAGACAGUAUCAUGCAUUCAAAAUAAAAAUGGAAAAAGGUCAUUUUUUAGAACAUCAGAAACUGAUGUAACUGAUAAUGAUAUUUACUAUAAAAGAAAAAAAUCCAUUAAACAUUCUCAAUCAGAAAUAAAUAAUGCAGUCUUAACAGCACAAAAUGGUUAUAUGACGAGAAAUAAACUAAAAAAACAACUAACAAACAACAGUGAAUUGGUAGAAACAAGUGUCAUUAAGGAUAAAUGUUCCAGAAUUAACAAUAUUAGAAAUAAAUCAGAAACAGCUAAUAGGAAUAGAAAACCUUCAAAAAAAAUCCAUAAAAAGAUGUUGCAACUUGGUUUUGUUUUCACUAAUGAUAUUUCUUCUCCAUAUCCUGGAAAACAUCUAGAUACCGAGUAUAAAAAAAGUACACCUUCAUUAUUUGAAUCAGACUCUGAUCCAGAAAUUGAUUAUUUUCGAAUAAAGGAUAGUGUAAAAGAUGAAGUUGAAGAAAUAUCCACUUGUAUUUCUGAUCCAGAUGAUAUAUGUCCUGCAUUUGAUAAAAAUGUUGAAAUGAGAACUUAUUUUAACAAAAAAUCAUAUCCUAUUAACAAUAAGUCUAAUAUAAUAUCAUUAAAUACAUUUGAGGAAAUAGAUCAAAAACCAUCAAGUUUAUAUGAUCCUGUUAAAACGGUCCGUGACUCUAAUCUGUAUAAAAACAUUUCACAAAAUUACAGUAAAACCAACAAGUCAUUGGAAGUUACAGCUGAUAGUGCCUCUAUGUCAAAGAAUACAACAAUAAAUAAACCAAUAAGUAUUGAACUUAAUGAGAAAAAUUGUGUCAACUUUAAUAAAAACGAAAUAAGUCCCACAACAAGUGAAUGUGUACCUACAAAUACUGAAGAUGGUGAAAUUAUUGUUGUUACUGAAUCAUUUAUAAGUCAACUAAAGAACGAAUUUGAAAUAACAAAAACAGAAUCACAAGCCGAAAUUAGAACUCAAGAAUUAUUUUACGAUAAUAAUACUAAUAAAUCCAAUGAUUUUGAUAAAGAAAAUAAAGUGGUAUCAAAAAUACUUUCUUCAGAUUUUGAGGUAAACCAAAUUAAUAUGUGUGCUAUUGAUACUGAUAUUGAUGAUAUAUGUGAUGUAAACUUCAAAUCAUCAAUUUGUUCUAAUUUAUUAUUAAAACAAGACAUGGAUGUUAUUGAUGAUUCACACAAUAAACCAUUGCCAUCGUUAUUUACAACCACAAAUAAUGUUGAAAAUAGCUUAAUGAGUAUUUUUGAUGAACCCAAAGAGAACAUACUAGUUGAAAGUUAUGCUAGUAUUAACAAUAGUUUAAUUAUCGAUUCAAAAUCUAACAGUUCAACUACAAUUUCAGAAGAAAUAAUUGAUCUAAGUAGUUUACACACUUUUGAAUUUGAUAAUAGUAACUCAGAUCAACCUGUAGAAAAUUAUCCUAAGCCUGAAAAAAAUAUCACUUGCCCAGAUCUAAUUGAACCUAAUCAGUAUUUUCAUUCAAUAAUUAAAGAUGAGAUAAAAAUAAAAACGGAAUCUUUUUAUAUUAAAGAUAAUUAUAAUUGCUCACUCAAAAAUGAUAGUUUGAGUUCUACUAAUGAUAGUUUUUCAAAAAAAUAUAAAAAUCAUUCCUCAAGAUGCUAUUGUAAAAAUUUUAAUAGUUUCAACAUCAAUGAUAAUAAGAUAUUUACUUCUAAAAUCAAGCAUUUUGCAUUUAAUAAUAAUGCUAAAAAAGUUCGUCAAAAAUUAUUGCUUAGAAAACAUUUAGAAGCCAAUAUUUUAAACAUGCUUAUUACAAAAGAGCACAAGAAUAUCAUUCAAUCAAGAGAACAUAAUAUACCAAUCUUUAAUUCAAUUUCAAUUAAUAAAAAAUUUGAGAAAUUUGAUUUUAAAGAAAAUGAUCAUAUUGAACCAAGUAUUUUAAGUAUGCUUAAAGAUGUCUAUGUAGACGUAGAAUAUCUUACUGAAUACUGUGAUUAUAAUACAAGUGAUCAUAAAUUGCUAGAACCACAAAAAGAUAAUAAAGAUAUACAAUUUAAUAUUCACUCUUCUAAAGUUAAAUCAAUAAACAUAAUGUCUACAUCUAAAAACAUUAAUGAUUCAACAUCAAAUAAUACAUCACAGAACAAACCAAUCAAUUUUAAACCUUAUGAUGAAAAAUAUGACAAUUUUGAUAAAAACAAAAUAAAUAAUGAUUCUACAUCAAAUAUUACAAAACAAAAAAAAACAGUCUACAUUAAACCUUUUGAUGGAAGUUAUGUUAAUUUUAAUAAAAAAAAAACAAUUGAUCAUGCUAACACAUCAAAUAGUACAACAAAAUAUGAACCAAUUAAUGAAAAUGAUGUCAACCAUGAGAAAUACAAAAUAAUUGAUGCUUUAAUAUCAAAUAGUAAAACAAAAAUUAAGCCAAUAAGUAUUGAACCUGAUGAGAAAAAUUGUGCUAACUUUAAUAAAAACGUAAUAACUGAUAAUGCUUCUAUAUCAAAUAGUAUUGUUCUUUAUGAAGAAAAUUGUGUCAACUUUAGUAAAAACAAAACAUUGGAUCAUGCUAACACGUCAAAUGAUACAACAAAAAAUAAACCAAUUAAUCACAAACCUUGUAAUCAAAAUAAUAUACAUUUAAAUAAAAAUAAAAUAAUUGACAAUGUUUCUACAUCAAGUAAUAAAUCAGUUAAUCUUAAACUUUUUAAUCAAAGUUAUUUUAAUAAUAAUAAAAUAUCUCAUACUGACUGUAUAUCAAAAAGUACAACAAAAAAUAAACCAAUAAGUAUUGAACCUUAUGAGGAAAAUUUUGUCAAAUUUAAUAAAAACGAAAUAAUUGACAAUAUUCCCAUGUCAAAUAGUAAGUCGGAAAGUGUUGAACCUUGUGAUCAAAGUUGUACCAACUUAAAUAAAAACAAAAUAUCUGAUACUGACUGUAUAUCAAAAAGUACAACAGAAAAUAAACCAAUAAGUAUUGAACCUUAUGAGGAAAAUUUUGUCAAAUUUAAUAAAAACGAAAUAACUGAUCGUGCCUCUAUGCCAAAUAACACAACAAAAAAUAAACCAAUCAGUUUUGUACCUUGUAAUGAAAAUGGUGUCAACUUUAAUAAAAAUAAAAUAAUUGACAAUAUUCCCAUGUCAAAUAGUAAAUCAGAAAAUGUUGAACCUUGUGAUCAAAGUUAUAUCAACUUAAAUAAAAACAAAAUAAGUGACAAUGUUCCUAUGUCAAAUAGUAAAUCUGUUGAUCUUGAACCUUACGAUCAAAUUUAUAUCAACUUGAAUAAAAACCAAAUACCUAAUACUGACUGUAUGUCAAAUAGAUCAACAAAAAAUAAACCAAUAAGUGUUGAACCUUUUGAGGAAAAUUUGGUAACAUUUAAUAAAAACGUAAUAAAUUAUCCAAAAGUUAGUUUUAUCAAAAAAAAUGAUUUGGACUUUGACAGUGUUUGUAAUUCUCUUGUAGUAAAUACCGAAAUUGAUACUAAAAGUAAAAUUAAAAUUGAAGAUGAAUUUUACUAUGAUACUACUGCUAUGAAGUAUGAUUUCAAAUCUGAAGAAAACCCAGAACUUGAAAUAAAAUUAUUUGAUGUCAGUAAUUUAAGUGAUAGCACUAUAACAAUAAAUAAAAACAAUGAAUCCAAAAAAGAGUUUGAAAUGCCAGUAAAAUGUAAUGAUAUUGAAUCAGAAAAUAUUUUGUCAUCAGCCAGAAUAAAAACCAACUAUGAAUUUACUCAAACAAAAAUUACACAUGUUUUAAAAGAAGAGCAUACACCAGUUCCUGCAAUAAUUGAAAGUGAAAUAGAAAAGACAAAUAUAUCAACAUUUUUUGAACCACCUCAAUUCAAAAACCUUUUUGAUACUAGUGAUACCAUUAGCCCAAAAGCAUAUCAAAUGUGUCCAAUGUUGCCACACACAUCUGAAAACAAUGAGCCUGUUAAUAAUUUAUUUGACCUACCUGUUGAUGAUAUUGCUUUUUCAUUAAAUAACAAUAGCUCUGAUGAUGAUGAUGAUGAUGAUAAUAGAUUACUCAUUGAAGAUAAUGAACCAAUCGUUGAUGGCAAUAUUAAUACAAAUAAAACAUGUAUUUUUAAAUUACCUGAUAAUUCAAAAGAUGAAAGAAAAAUAAACUAUCCAUCUUCAGCUGCAAACAUUAAAAGUAAAGUUACAACAGAAAUUGAAUUUUGUGAAAAAAACUUAACAAAUACAAAAAAGGAACAAUCUUCUGAAAUAAAUCUUAUCGAAAAUGAAGAAGUGUCAAACCCUAUAUUAUCAACAAAAAAAUGUGUUAUUUCUAAUAAUAACUGUGAGAAUGCAUAUUUAUUAAAAGAAAAAGAAAACUCUUUAGAUGAUUGUAUGUCUUUUGAAAUGUGCAAUGAGUUUUAUAAAAUAAAAUCAUUAAAUAAAAGCAUUGUUAAUAAAAAUGAAUCAUUACCCAAGUAUAUCCAAGAUAUAUUGAAAGAAAUGUAUGUUGAUGAAUUGUUUGUAUCUACAUGUCAACAUAUGGUAGACUUUUAUAAUGAUGAUGAUCAAUUAAAAAAUAAUGUAUUUUUUCAAACAGACAAAUGUAGAAUAAUCCCAUCUAAGAAAUUGGCCUGCGAUAUUAUUAAUACAAAAGUUGCAGAAAAAAAAUAUUCUGAAUUUAACCAAUCAAUUUCAAUCAAUGGGGAAACAUUGUUGGGGGCAAAAAUAAAUUACGAGAACCAAGAAACUAAUGAACCCAGUAAUACUACUACUAAAGAAAAUAAUUCUGUUUCCCUGCAAAAACCAAAUGAUGUAAAAACUAAAUAUCCAGAAUUAAAACAAUCAAUUUCAACCAAAGGAGAAACAAUAUUAAAAUCAGAAAUAAAUAAUCGUAACCAACAAAAAAAAACCGUUAAUCCUACCAUUACAAAACAAAAAUCAAAUUCUUUACAGGAAGCAAAAAAUGUUCCAAGUAAUAUGAAAAUCAGGAUUCACUUGAGAGAAUUCAUAGUAUCUGAUAAAUCAUUUGAUGACAUUUUAGAAUCCAAAGAAUUCAGAAAUUUAAGAUUUUUUGGUGAGGAAGAAAUUGCAAGUUCAAUUGGUGUUUUUAUUUUCGAGCAAAUAAUUGAUGCUCCAAUAAUAACUGGAUUGUCAGUCUACAGAGCAAGUUAUGACCAAUUAAAUAAUGAAGAGAAAAAUAAAAUAUUGGCGUCUACAAAUUUAAAUAUUACUUGUCCAAAAAUAAUGAUGCUAACCUCGAUCACUCUAGCAUUAGCAAAAAUGUUGAGAAGUGAUACAUUAAUUGAGCUUAUCUUAAAUGUUAUCCGAAGAAAUAUUUUAAAGAAGCAGAUGAAUACUAAUCAUUCAAUUGAUGAUCAAUUAAUAAAACAAGUAGUAUAUUUUGUUGACAUUUGUGUUAGACUAAGACUGCUGAAAACUCUUCAAAUAUUUAUUUUUGAUUCAAUGGUUUUUUUACCAAACAAAUAUUGUUGUAUCAUAUUUAUAUCUUUGUUGUUAUGGAAAAAUUGCUUACCUAGAAGUAUAAAUAUAAAAGAAGACCCAGUUAUUAUCACCGUUUUAUCAUUUUUAAUUGCAAAAAAGAAACAUUAUUCUGAGGAAACUGUUGGUUGUGAUAUUUUCCAAAGAGAAUUGAUCAACUUGCUUUCUUGUCAUUUCAAUUACACAUUUAGUAUUGACAUGCCAACUAAUUUUAUUCAACAUAUACAUAAACCUGAUUUUUUCGUAUCUGUAGUCAUGUUUUUAAAAUGUUGUAAUCCGAACGACUUAGUGGAAUUCAUGGUCAACUGUCUGUUUCCCAUAGUUGAUAAUUAUCUGAAUACUCAACAAAACGAAAUGUAUGCUUUACAAACUAUGGAAUCAAUAAAUAUGGCAAUCGUACCAUUUAAGAUAACUUGUAAUACUACUGUUGCCACUUAUCUAAAUAAAUGUAAGGAUCCAAUAAAUGGUCUUAAGAAAAAUGGAAAAGAACAUGUUUAUAACACUACCCAUAAUAGUUACAAAAUAUUGCAGAACAAAUUUAUUGAGUAUCUGAAUGACAGCCGACCUCGUUCUCCAUACUUUGAAGAGUUACUGAUGUCAAUCAUUUUAGUGUUAGGAUCUGCAGAUUAUCUAACCAGCUGUAUGAGUUUGAUGCAAUGGAAACCAAAAAAUGAAUUGUCUGCAAUUUUAUCCAAAAAAAUUGUCAUUUUCAAAUCGAUUGUAGGUGAUAAUAUUGUAUGGGAUAAGCUGUGUGCCAUAGACGACAUUAAUACAUUGAAGUGUUUGAUAAACAGCUGCUUGUUAAAUAAAAAUGUGUAUGAUACAAUUAUACAACUUUAUAAUCUUCGUUAAUGUGUAACUUUACAACUUCUAAAAAUAUGAAAUGAAUUGACUGACAAUUUCUGUGAUAUUUUAAUUAUUGAAUUUUUAUGGUGUAUUACACCAUUUGUAUAAUUAAUCUAGUUUUAAAUUGACCAUGUAAAAAUUGAUUGCUCUAAUGAUAUUUACAGUGAAAACAUAACAUGUCACAAUUACAAUAAUAUUGCACUACUAUUAUUACACUAUAACUAUGUUUAAGUCUUUAUGUUUGAUAAAUUAUUUUUUUUCGAAAACUAUUAUUAAUGUUUGUAUUUCUUUAUGUAAUUAUAUAUGUACUAUGUAUGAAUAAAAAAAUUAAUGUUAAUGAAAAUCAAUGAAAUGUAAAUUAGUUUUAUUGGAUGUGUUCUUAGGAUCAUUCAUUUUCAUUCUCAAUCAAUCUAAAAUAUAUAUCAUGUCAAAUUGCUCUCAAAUUUUUUUAAUUUUAGUAUAAAGAACUGAGGAACCUUGUAUUAAAUUUACAGAUCGAGGAAGAAAAUAUUUUGAAAAACACAGUACCAUGUAAAUUAAAUGAUGAUUUAAACAGUUGUUGAAAAUGUCAAAUAUUUUCGGUUAUUUGUUUUUGAUUGUAACAAAAUAAAAAAAUCAAUUUUGUUGAUAGUA